AUGGCUGAAUCAUUUGUUUUCCAUAUUGCUAAUUCACUCUUAUGGAAGCUUGGAACAAACCCUUAUUCACAUGAAGAAGUUUCUAGAGCCUAUGGCGUCUAUAAAGAUUUACAAGAGUUCAAAGACACUUUGUCAAUUGUCAGAGGUCUUCUGUUGGAUGCUGAGUAUAAGAAGGACCAAAAACAUGGGCUGCGUGAAUGGAUGAGACAGAUUCAAAACAUCUGCUAUGAUGCUGAAGAUGUAUUUGAUGGAUUUGAGUUCCAACACAAAAGGAAGCAAGUUGUCCAAGCAUCUAACAAAACUCGGACGAAGGUACGCUACUUAUUUUCUUCCUCCAAUCCAAUUCUUUUACGCUCUAGGAUGGCACAUCAAAUCAAAGAGAUUAGAGAAAGAUUGGAUAAGGUAGCAGCUGAUGGGAACAAGUUUGGCCUUGCUAGAAUUGAUGUUGGUCUUGAACCUGUUUUUCAGAGGAGAGAAUUGACUCAUUCCCAUGUUGAUGCUUCAAGUGUAAUAGGAAGGGAGAAUGAUAGGGAAGAAGUUAUCAAGCUUUUGAUGCAACCACAUCCUAACGGUGAUGGUGAUAAAAGUUUGUGUGUUAUUCCAAUUGUAGGAAUUGGAGGCUUGGGAAAGACCACGCUCGCAAAGUUGGUGUUUAAUGAUAAGAGGAUGGAUGAACUUUUUCAGUUGAAGAUGUGGGCAUGUAUCUCAGAUGAUUUUGACAUUAGGCAAAUAAUUAUAAAAAUUCUAAACUCUGUUUCUGCUUUUGGUCCACCAAGUAUUCCUCACAAAGAAAACAUCAACAACUUAGAUCCUGAACAACUUCUAAGCCGUCUUAGAGAUAAGCUUUCUGGUCAGAAGUUUUUGCUUGUGCUAGAUGAUAUAUGGAGCGAUAAUCGUGCAAAGUGGGUCGAGUUGAUAGAUUUGAUAAGCGUUGGUGCAAUAGGAAGUCAAAUCAUAGUGACGACACGCAGUAAAUCAAUUGCUAAAAUGACAGGUACUCUUCCCUCGUAUGUUUUAAGCGGUCUUUCUCAAGAUGAUUGUUUAUCUUUGUUUCUCAAAUGGGCAUUUAAGGAAGGUGAAGAAAUUAAUCAUCCAGGUCUUGUAAAGAUUGGAAAAGAAAUCGUGAAAAAAUGUGCAGGGGUUCCACUUGCUGUCAGAACAUUAGGAAGCUCACUGUUCUCAAAAUAUGAUUCAAAAAAGUGGAUAUCUCUUAGAGAUUGUGAGAUAUGGAACUUUGAACAAAAGAAAGAUGAUAUUUUGCCUGCACUAAAGUUAAGCUAUGAUCAAAUGCCAUCCUAUUUGAGGCAAUGUUUUGCUUACUUUUCCCUUUAUCCUAAAGAUCAUGUCAUCUUUGUUGAUGAUAUUACCCGUCUUUGGAUAGCACUUGGAUUAGUACAAUCUCAAAAUGGAAGUGAGCAACUAAUGGAUAUUGCAAGAGAAUAUAUAGAAGAGUUAAAUUCUAGAUCAUUUCUUCAAGAUUUCAAACAACUUGGCUACCUCGCAUUCAAAGUACAUGAUUUGAUCCAUGAUCUUGCUAUGUAUGUUGCGAAAGAGGAGUGUGUAGCAGUUGACUCACAUACUAGGAAUAUACCUCAACAUGUAAGACACUUAUCAGUUGUUGAAAGUAAUUCUAUAGAUAAAGCUUUGUUAUCCAACUUAAGAGGUUUGAGAACUAUAUUAUUUCCCGUCAAAGGGGUGAGCUUUGGCAGCGAAACUUUGUUGGAUACAUGGAUAUCAAAAUACAAAUACUUACAGUAUUUAGAUUUAAAUUGUUUUUCCUUUGAGACGUUGCCUUAUUCAAUUGCUAAAUUGGAGCAUUUGCGAGUUCUUGACUUAUCAUAUAAUAUGAAUAUCAAAAGACUUCCCCAUUCUAUUUGCAAGCUCCAUAAUUUGCAAGUCUUGAAACUCAUGGGAUGCACAGGGCUUGAAACAUUGCCUAAAAGGUUAGGGUGGUUGAUUAGCAUUCGAGAAUUGUACAUAACCACAAAGCAAUCAGUUAUGUCACUGAUAGAACUUGCAAACUUGAAUGAUCUUCAAGUUUUGUACUUUUAUAAGUGUGACAAUAUGAAGUUUCUAUUCAGCGAGACACAACAUUUUACUUUCCUUGAAAGAUUGAUUGUUCGAUCAUGUGGUAGCCUAGAGUCCUUACCUCUCUUCCUUUUUCCUAAAUUACAAUAUCUUGCAAUUUCAGACUGCCAGUUGGUAAACUUGUCGUUGUACAACGAAAGUCCAAUCCCAAAAUUGAUGAUGAAACAUUUAUAUAUUGGAAUACUUACAGGACUUCUAACAAUUCCUAUUUGGAUUGAAGGUGUUGUAGAGACUUUAGAGACCUUAUACAUUUUUGACCUUCCUGAUCUUACAACACUUCCCGAAUGUCUAACAACAAUGACUCGUCUGAAGAGACUUUGGAUUUCUCGCUGCCCUCAACUGUUGAGUCUUCCUAGUGACUUCCAUCACCUCACUUCCCUUGAAAAUUUAUUCAUAUAUGGUUGUCCUAAGCUGUUCAAAAAAUAUCAGCCUCAGUUCGGUGAGUAUUGGCCCAUGAUUGCUGGCAUGAAAAUCACUUCAAUUACAAUUGAAAAAGGAAUGAUGAAGGAAUGA